AUGCCUCAGGAACAGUACACACACCACCGGAACGCCAUGCCCGGCUCCGAGGGGCCACAAGUAUACAAAGUGGGGAUUUACGGCUGGCGGAAAAGAUGCCUGUAUUUCUUUGUCCUGCUCCUCAUGAUUUUAAUACUGGUGAAUUUGGCCAUGACCAUCUGGAUUCUCAAAGUCAUGAACUUUACAAUUGAUGGAAUGGGAAACUUGAGGAUCACAGAAAAAGGUCUCAGGCUAGAAGGAGACUCAGAAUUCUUACAACCUCUCUACGCCAAAGAAAUCCGGUCCCGACCAGGUAAUGCCCUGUACUUCAAAUCUGCCAGAAAUGUUACAGUGAACAUUCUCAAUGACCAGACUAAAGUGCUAACUCAGCUAAUAACAGGUCCAAAAGCAGUAGAGGCUUAUGGCAAAAAGUUUGAGGUGAAAACCGUUUCUGGAAAAUUGCUCUUCUCUGCAGAUGAUGAUGAAGUAGUAGUAGGAGCUGAAAGAUUAAGAGUUUUAGGAGCGGAGGGCACAGUGUUCCCUAAAUCUAUAGAAACACCUAAUGUCAGGGCAGACCCCUUCAAGGAACUAAGGUUGGAGUCUCCGACCCGGUCUCUGGUGAUGGAGGCCCCAAAAGGAGUAGAAAUCAAUGCAGAGGCUGGCAACAUGGAAGCUACCUGCAGAACAGAGCUGAGACUGGAGUCCAAAGAUGGAGAGAUUAAGUUAGAUGCUGCGAAAAUCAAACUACCUAGACUGCCUCACGGAUCCUACACGCCUACAGGAACGAGGCAGAAAGUCUUCGAGAUCUGCGUCUGCGCCAACGGGAGAUUAUUCCUGUCCCAGGCAGGAACUGGGUCCACUUGUCAGAUAAACACAAGUGUCUGCCUUUGAGAGACUAUCCAUAGUGGACAUUGUUGGCAGCAUAAAGGCCUUUUUUGGCUUUAGACACUGACUGCCAGCUAUUUUUACUAGAACACAGAAAGCCUAUCAAAGACCUUUUGCGUGUGUGUGUGCGCGUGUGUGGAUGUACGCUCGAGUGUGUUUGCUGUGUGGGUGGAUAUAAAAAUAUAUAAAUAUAUAUAAAUAAAUAUAUAUAUAUCCUCUGUAU